ACAGAUAGGUUGUCAAUUAAAUCCGCUGAAAACAUAAUAAAUUCGAAAGGGCCUAUAAAUAAAUCUAUUCUAAAACAAAUGUUUACGUUAAAAAAUAAAUAAUAACGGAAUUUAAACAUUUUGUUAAUAAAAUAUAACUAAACAAUGAAUGCAGUGGUCAGACAAAUGGUUACGCAGCAGACGUAUAGGUUAUGUUAUAGAACUUCAUACAAAUAUUUACAAGCUCCCGUAGCCUCAAGAUGUUAUGUUAUUAAUCGAAAUUAUUGUGAUAACAAAUUAGAAACAAGAAGACUUCCUCAAUUGAUGGAAUUUCCGCCUGUAGUAUGGCCAUCAUUUAUAAAUUUCAUCAAAAACUGGAUGUUUUCAACAUUUAUUAUCCGACCUUAUUUCGAGCCAGAAUUUAGUCUCCAAGAGUUUAUAGAAGCUUCUAAACAUGCUGUUCAGGUAGUGUCAGAAGGCCUGCAGAACAGUGAUUUUAAUAAUUUAGAUGGUUUGGUUGAAAAGGAUGCAAUAUCCACACUUAAAACAGCCGUGUCACAGUUGUCUAUUUCACAGAGGCAAUUAUUAAGGAUAGAUAAAGAUGAUAUUUUCUAUGCAUUUCCAUAUCAGGUAGGUGUUAUGUUUAAUGAUGCUGACAAGAGAUGGGUGGAGAUUACAAUGUGCUAUCAUGUUCUAAGAGGCCUGAAAAGCAUGAAAGACAGUGGAGAUUUACCUCCUAUUACAUUAGGGGGCCAACCAGAAUUUGAAGACAAAAUAUUUAUUCUUAACUACAGAUUCAUUAGAGAGUUCACAAAAGGUGUAGAAGACAGUUGGUGGAUUAAUAUUGUUAAUCAUUUCCAACCACAAAAUCUAAGGAGAAACUAAUUUCUUCCUUAAAUAAUGUAAGCGAAAUUUCAAACUAUUAUUUAACAUUGUGCUUUGGUAUAUAAGCAUCACAACAUUUUUUUUCAAGAAAGGCAAGUGCACUUUGGAAGUAGCACUUCUCAAGUUUUUUCUUCUUGGGUUCUUAUUCUAGAUAUAAUUAAAUUUUGUUGGUUUAUUUCACUUUGAUUACUAAUAAUACUUUUAAUGUAUUCUAGAAUAGCCCCAAUUUUUUGCCAUGUUCUCAUGUCAUUAUUAUGUGAUUUGACACAGUUGACAAUAAGGUAUAUUCAUGACAUAAAUACAUUUUAAAAUUUGAUCACUACAACAAACAAAACUAAAUAUUAUUCAGUUACAAAAAUAACUAUUUUCAUACUCAGCAAUUUAGUAAGUGUUAAUAAAAACAAAAUAUUUUUAGUUAAAACAGACUGUUAAUAGUUAGGAUGAAGUGUAUAUAUAAAAAAUAAAACAAGUUUGUUUGUA